AUGUGCCCCCUGCCCAAGUCGCCGGAGCGCAAGACGCGCCGCCUGGAGCUGGAUCGGGCGAUGCCAGCGUGGCUGCCGCAGCCACAGCCUCACCUCCAAGUCCUAAACCACCUCGUCCCCGCCCUCACCACCGCCGUCCCCCAGGCCCCCACCAUCGCCUUCCCCCAGGCCACCCAGGUGGUCCAAACCCUGCUGGCCGUGCUGCGCGUGGGCAACGGCGGCGCCGAACUCACCGACUUAGCCACAGCCGCCUUUGUCGACCUGGUGGCCGCCCGCAUCGGCACCAUCGGCACAGACCCUGUGCUGUCGGUUGACAGCAGCACGGCCGUUGGGGUGGGCACCACCGUGCGCAGCGCCGCCACGGUCGACGGCUCGGCUUUCUGGGUGUCUGCCAGCAACGGCAUGACCUACGCCCCUCUGGCCAACACCUCCCCCACGGCGCUCUCCUCCACCACCGGCCUCAGGGUGGCUGGCAUCUAUGGCGGCCAUCUCUACGCCACCUCUAUCGCCCGCCUCAGUCCUGUGCAGGGCUGCGGCGGCGGCCGCAGCGGCAGCACCCAGACCACCAUCCCCCUGCCCUUCAUCUCCACCGUCCCCGGCAGCCCCUACGGCUUUGCGCUGCUGGACCUGCAAGAGGCGGUGGCUGGCCUCGACACGCUGUACCUCUGCGACGAGGCAGCGGGGCUGGCCAAGUACAUUUUCGACGGCACCGGGUGGAGCCGGGUGUGGCCCUUGUCCUCGACACCAUGCUGCCGGGGCCUGGCCGCGCGGGGCGUCGCAGGCGGCGCGGCUGAGGUCUUUGUGAUUACCACAGCUGGCGCAAUCCUGAUGUAUGCCGACACCGUGGGCAGCACCGCGCCGCCGUCGCCGACAACCGUGGUCGCCUCGGAGGCGUUCGGCACCGGGCACCGGGGCGUCGCCCUGGUGGACAUGCCUGUGUAG